AGCGUUGGUAACUGUUUGUAUCAGUUCACUUUCCAUUUUGUUAAUUAUAUAAAUAGCCAGUUGUCAGUUUUUCAUAUCACACACGUCCACAACUCGACAAACCAAACAGUACAAUGAACACUUUGAUCAUCCUAGCUAUCUGCCUUGCCGCAGCAGUUGCCGCGCCAAUUGACACCGUAGAAGUCCGUCACGACACAUUGGGAAACUACAACCUCCGAUUCCAAGUUCCAGGCAUCUCCAGAGUUGAGGAUCGUGACGCUUUCGGCAAUGUCAACGGCGGAUUCUCCUACUACGACGAUCUCGGCAUCUUGAGACAAACCCACUUCACCUCCGGGGUUCACGGUGUUCACGCCGUCGGUACCGAUAUUCCAGUUCCGGUACAAGACACCCCCGAGGUUGCCCGGGCUAAAGCUGAACACCUUGCCGUUCUUAACGCCGCUUACUUGAGCUCGCCACCUUCUCCUCAUUUCUUUGAUUUUUAAGGUGUAUUAAAGCCAAAUUAGUUGAAUUGUAAUUUAAUUGUAUGUAGGUGCUCAUUAAACAUAUUGUAAA